GCGAACAUGUGUUUUUUUUUUAGUAAAAAUACUUGUUCGCAAACAAAUUUAUAGCGAACAUGUUAUAUUUUGAAAAUAUUUAAAUUUAUUUGUAGGUUUCAUCGAAUUUAGUUAAAUAUUAAAAUAAAUAAUCCACUGUCUGAUAAGAUUUAAAAUUUUUAAAUUAAUUUCCUUGUUAUAAAACAACAAUGAGGUUAACAAAAAUUUUAUGUAAACAACACAUGGGAAGAUUUAUUAGAUCACAUUGGUAUAGACAAAGAAAUCGAACAAUUAUCGAAGAUGGAGCAGAAAAAUUUCUUAAAGCAAGAGGAAUAAAAAUUGUCGAUCCUAAGGAAUUUAUGUAUACUAAAACACCCUUCGAAAGAAUUACAUUGCCUUUACCACUUCGAGGUGUUGAGGAGAAAAAUGACGAAACUCAUAUUAAUUGGCAUGAUUCUCCAUGUUUUAUGUAUGAAGAUAAUGAUCUUUUAAUUGAAGGUGUUACUCAGGCAAAAGUAUUGGCAAAAACAAUUCUUUUUGAAGAUGAAUUUCCCAAAAGAAUUGAAAAUCUCUUUAAUCAGUGUCCGGAAAAUGUUCAUAAUCUUGUUUUAAGAUCUAUUUUAAAUUCAAAUUUAUUUGAUGCCUAUCAACAAGUUUUACCAAAAUUAAAAGAUCCCGAACGACCUGCGUGGAAUUUCCCUCGAUCAUUGGGAAUAACAAGUUAUAGAAAAUCUUUCAAUUUAUUGCAUAAAUUAUUGCAACUUUGUGAAUCUAUCAAUGGAGCCGAAAUUGGUUAUCAGCGAAGUGUUAUUGAUAAUGGAAUCGUUGCCCUUUCUAUUGAAAAAGAUCUUGAUUUAAUUCAAUUUUCUCUAAAUAUGGAUUUAAUGAUGACAUCCAUAUUGCCUUUGAAACCAUUUCUAGAAAAUAAUAUAGAUGAAGAAUUACCAAAUUUACAUCCAUUGCAUCAUACUAUUAGUUUGAGAAAAACUAAUAUUUAUGAGGAAAAAAAUUUUUACCCAAUUGAUUUUAAUCAUUCAAAACCACAUGUUCAUACAAUUUUAAUUCAUCACGAUCCAGUUGUUGUGAAAAAUCUAACAGAAUUUCCAGUUGAAGAAACACAAAUUCUUGCACGAAAUAUGUUAAAAGCAUUUACAGCGGCAGCAAGUUGUGCACAAAAAAGAUUUGGUGAUAAAAUAAAAGAUCUUCCGGAACCAAUUUCAAUUCAAUGUAUUGAAACAGAUGGUGAAAAUUUUCAUUUUUCAACAUAUCAAUUAAAUACAUUGAAUCUUAAUGGAACAGAAGGUUUAAAAAAUUAUUGGUGGUCUUCGAAGAGAAUAAAAUUAUUCGAUGAAAUUGAUUAUACCAAUGGAACAUCACAAUUGGAGGGUUAUAAUCCUGAAGUAUUUAAAAGAAUGUACGCUUUUUAUAUUAAUAGCUAAUUGUAUAGUUGAAAAUUAACAUAUUGUAAUAAAUAUUAAGUUAAAAACAAA